AUGCAGAGCAUUGUACGAGCUGGCCGUCUAGCGGCACGAUCCUCCCACCGCGUCCUUGCUCCCCAAGCCCGGCGAGCACUCCCGCGAGCCCUCGUCGCGACCACAACACCUGCCCGCCUCUACACGUCCUCCAAGGAUGGCCGCAACUCGUCCAUCUAUGCCGCUUUCCUCAACCUGCUGGCCAGUUCCAGCUCCCGCCGCGAAGUUGACCAGUAUCUGGGCCAGUUCCGCUCCGUCUCACCACACCAAUUCGCCGUAGUCAAAGUCGGAGGCGCCAUUCUCACCGACCACCUCGAAGAGCUUUGCUUCGCCCUACAGCAGCUCCACGCAAUUGGCCUGUAUCCCAUCAUCGUCCAUGGCGCUGGCCCCCAGAUGAACCAGCUGCUGCUCGAAGGCGGUGUCGAGCCCGACUUUAUUGAUGGCAUUCGCGUCACGGAUAAGAAGACGUUGGGCAUUGCCCGCAAGCUCUUCUUGGAGGCAAACAUGGACUUGGUCAUGACCCUCAAGCGCGAUUGGGGUGUCCCUGCGCGCCCCAUCACCGCUGGUGCGCUGCAGGCCGACUACCUAGACAAGGACAAAUGGAAGUAUGUUGGCAACAUCACCAAUGUCAACAGGAGGCAGAUCAUGGAUGCUCUUGAGAAUAAGGAGCUUCCCAUCCUUUGCUCCAUGGGUGAGACAAUUGAUGGCCAGAUCCUCAACAUCAAUGCCGACGUAGCUGCUGCAGCAUUGGCACGCGAGUUCCAGCCUCUCAAGGUCAUUUACCUCUCUGAGAAGGGAGGUCUAUUCAAUGCCGAGUCCAAGCUUAUCCCUCACAUCAACCUCGAGGGCGAGUACGAUACUUACAUGAAGCAGUCGUGGGUCAAGUACGGCACCAAGCUCAAGAUUGUAGAGGCAAAGAAGCUCCUAGACGGUCUCCCACGCACAUCCAGUGUUGCCAUUACACACCCGUCCAACCUCGGAAAGGAACUCUUCACCCACACCGGAAGUGGAACUCUUAUUCGCAACGGAGGCAGCGUCAAGGAAAUCAGCAAGUUUGAGGACUUGGAUGUCUCUGCCCUUGUUGAAGGGAUUACCAAGAGCCGGGGAGCUGAAGCAAGUGAUGCCGUCAACCGAUACAUCCAAAACCUGAAGAACCGUCCGUUCGAGGUCUUCCAUGAUGACUCCAUGGGCGUUGUCGCUGUCGUGUAUCCCCCUACGGCCGAGGGAGAGUUCGCCCAGCUGUCCCACUUCAGCAUGACCAAGGACGCCUUUUUGAACAACCUGAACGACUUGGUCUUCCAGCGCAUGAAGCAAAAGUAUCCCAAGCUCUACUGGAUUGUGGAUGAUCAGUCACAGAAUUAUGUCAAGUGGCACCUGGAGAAGACGGAUGGCUUCCUUCGCCGUGACAAGGAAAUCUUCUGCUGGUGGGGAGCAGCCGAGUCCUCGGAAAUCUUCUCGCUACUGGAGAACUACCAGAAGCAGGGCCGCAGCAUGUUGAAGGAUAGCCUUGACGCUCAGUUCCGAAGGGCAGCCGACUUUGUAGCUAGCUUGAAGCAGGGCCAGCAGACACGCGCAUACACUACCAUGGCUCGUUCUUCUACAAGGCCUGGUCUGAGACAAAACAAGUUUGCACCUGCAUCAACUCGAAGCUUCUCUACUACCGCACAGCGCUCCAUCGAGACCACCAACCCCAACCCUCCGUACGGAAUCAAGCACAAGAGCAGGGACUAUCCUGCCAAGGUCGCAUUGAUUGGCGCCCGUGGUUACACAGGCCAAGCUCUGAUUGAGCUGUUUAAUAAGCAUCCCAACAUGGACUUGCGCCAUGUAUCGUCACGUGAGCUUGCUGGCAAGAAGCUAGAAGGCUACACCAAGCGACAGAUUACCUAUGAGAACCUGUCAGCCGAAGACGUUAAGAAGAUGGCUGAGAACGGAGAGGUAGACUGCUGGGUCAUGGCUCUUCCUAACGGUGUCUGCAAGCCAUUCGUUGAUGCAAUCAACGAGAGCGGCAAAGACCCCGUCAUUGUCGAUCUGAGCGCUGACUACCGAUUCGAUAGCUCCUGGACCUAUGGACUUCCAGAAACCGUCAAUCGCUCAGAGCUCUCAGACGCGAGGCGGAUAGCAAACCCCGGAUGCUAUGCCACGGCUGCUCAGCUUGGCAUUGCGCCUCUCCUUGAAUUCAUCGGCGGUCAACCCACUGUUUUUGGUGUUUCUGGCUACUCGGGAGCUGGCACCAAGCCCAGCCCCAAGAACGAUGUCAAGAACCUUGAGAACAAUCUCAUUCCGUACAGCUUGACGGACCACAUCCACGAGAAGGAAAUCUCGCGCCAACUGGGCCUUGAGGUAGCUUUCAUCCCUCAUGUUGCUGCUUGGUUCCAGGGUAUUCACCACACAAUCUCCAUCCCUCUCAACCGCACCAUGACCUCCCGGGACAUCCGUAACCUGUACCAGGACCGCUACGCCGGCGAGAAGCUAGUCAAGAUUGUCGGAGAAUCCCCACUCGUUAAGAACAUCUCCGGCAAGCACGGUGUAGAAAUCGGUGGUUUCGCAGUCCACAGCUCAGGAAAGCGCGUCGUCGUCAACGCCACCAUCGACAACCUGCUCAAGGGUGCCGCAACCCAGUGCUUGCAGAACAUGAACCUUGCCCUUGGCUACGGCGAGUACGAGGGUAUUCCUUACUAA